UAUUUAUUUGCCAAUUCUCGAUUCUUUGUUUUCUGUACACGGGGCGAAAUGCCCAUUAGUGAACGUAGUUUUUGGAGUUGAUUAUUUUUGUUUGUCAAACGAAGUCUAAGGUUGUAGAGUUUGAAACUCUUCAAGGAGUAAAGGUCUUAAAAUGGGACGAACCUCGAAGGACAAAAGAGAUAUCUAUUAUCGCAAAGCAAAGGAGGAAGGCUAUCGGGCAAGGUCUGCUUAUAAACUGUUGCAACUGGAUCAAGAGUUCAACUUAUUCAAGGAUGCGGAAAACGUUGUCGACCUCUGCGCAGCUCCUGGAAGUUGGAGUCAGGUCGUCUCAAAGCGCCUAAGAGAACUACGUAAAGGUCAAGCAACCAUAGUUGCCGUUGACUUGCAAGAAAUUGCACCAAUUGAAGGAGUUACUGUUAUUCAAGGUGAUAUAACUAGCCGUCCGACGGUUGAGACUAUUCUAAAAGAGUUUGAAAAUGGAAUGGUCGAUGUUGUCCUCUCCGACGGUGCCCCAGACGUUACUGGACUCCACGACUUGGACGAAUAUAUACAAAGUGAGCUGAUUCUUUCUGCGUUGAAUGUUGCAACUUUUCUACUUCGACAGGGAGGAACGUUUGUUGCUAAGGUUUUUCGCGGAAAAGAUACUUGCGGUGUUUUCAGUCGUCUGAGUGUAUUUUUCGAGAACGUCACCCUUGCAAAGCCGCGUUCUAGUCGAAACUCUUCAAUAGAGGCAUUUUUUGUUUGUAGGGGUUAUUCUAGACCAAGUUUUUGGCAGCCAACUUUGUUCUUGCAUAAAGAUGCUUCUAUAGAGGUCGUACAAGGCUCAGAAAUAGAACAAGAGUGCUCAAGUCAGGAAACCAUGACAGUAGUUAUGCCUUUUGUAUCUUGUGGGGACCUCUCAUGUUACGAUGCUGAUAUGGCAUAUGAUAUAGAUAAGAACUAUCUAGAGAAUUCUAGGGUUACAAGAUCAUUAUCUCCUGUACAGGCACCGAUACACGCUGCAUACGAAACUGCAUUGGCACGAAAACGGUCAGCGAAACAAACCACCUGACUUUAUUAUAGCGAAGAAUGA